AUGCCGAUUCAGACGAAUAUUCUAAAGGUAGCAGCGAGGAAAAAAAAUUCUCAACUACUGAACCUGGCGAUGGCGGCGAUUCUAUGGGAAGAAGGCAACCUGUAUGGACUCUCUGAGAACGAAGAGGAACCACUGAAACGGACAAGAAGGGAGAAGAUGAGUUACCUUGAGGUUGCCGGUUCCGAUACUGAAGAGGAGGACAUCGCCAGAAGGAGGAAGCAUACAUGA